CAAUACAAUAUUAUGUGAUUUGUAUACAUUAUAAUCAGUGUCGAGGACAUAAUUUGGCAUUUGACGACAUUUGUUAAGUCCCCACUUAAGUUAAUAGUUUGAUUCAAAUUUGAGAUAUUGAACCAAAAGAAGAAGAAAAAACUUAACCAAAGUAAGAAAAAAUAUAUUAAAAAAAGGAAUCUCAGAUCGACUCGGUGUAUAUAUAUUGGUAUAUGUCUGUCACAAACUUCUUACUUUCUCUUUCUCUCUCAGCCGAAGAACAUGAAGCAAACCUUGUGCCUUGUUUUGUGUGUUCUCUUCCUCAUUUUAUCAACAAGUUCGUCUGCGAUUCGAAGAGGAAAAGAGAAUCCAGAGCUGAAUCCAGUAGUCUCAGCUACAUCGGUUGAAGAAGACUCAUUUAAUGAAAGUUUGAAAAUGUUGGACCAAUGUGCUGCAAGAAGUUUUCGGCUAUGGAUGCGAAAUGUUGGCCAAAAAUAUUUCAGCUCGAUCCGUUCUUCCCUCUUCUUAAAAGUUAAAAGUGAAUGUUCUCGCAUCAAUGGAGCUGCUCCAACACACAAGUGAAGUAAACGCUAAUAAAUCUUUGAAUUUGGGUUAUUCCUUAUAGCUUUUACGUCCAAUUCCAAUCAGUCAUGAAAGAUAUUCACGAGUAUGGUUUGGUUGUUAUCAUUGUCCGUAACAAUUUAAAUUGCUGUAGCUAGCAUGAUCUUAACAAGUAUGAUAUCUAUUUUCAAACUA